AAUGCUUGCGUACAUACUUACUGUGCGCAUAUCUACUAAUAGCAAAUAAUUGAAAAAAGUAUUCGAAAUGUAUCAGAAUGAUUUGCGAAUCAGCAAAAUCAAUGUCUUUCAGUAUUUUCUACUUAUUCAUUUACGCUACAAGGUUACUUGUAUUGAUCAAGUCAUUGGUCUUUUAUAAUCUAUAUUUUAUCUGUUGAACUUUGUACUAGUUGUUUCCUAAUCAAAAAACGAAAAUGGUAGCCGGCAAAGUGGCCUUUGUAACAGGUGCUGGUAGCGGUAUAGGUAGAGAAGUAUGCCGUAUUUUGGCAAGACAAGGAGCUAAGGUUAUUGCUACAGAUCAGAACUUAAAAAGUGCUGAAGAUACCAUUACAUCCUUAAAUGAUUCCAAUCAUUUGGCAUUAAAUGUUGAAGUGUCAAACAAACAAAGUAUUCAAGAAGCGUUUAAAAAUGCAAUAAGUAAAUAUUCAACUGCACCCACUAUUAUAGUUAAUUCUGCAGGAAUCACGUGUAAUCAGUUCAUUUUAAAACUCACAAGUGAGGAUUUUGCUAAAGUACUUGAUGUGAAUUUAAAAGGAACAUUUUACAUAAUUCAGACAGCAGUAAAAGAAAUGAUUAAUGCUAACGUAAGUACAAGUGGUUCGAUCGUUAACGUAAGCUCUAUCAUUGGAAAAAUUGGAAACAUCGGUCAAGCUAAUUAUGCAGCAUCAAAAGCUGGAGUAAUAGCUCUUACACAAACUGCUUCUUUAGAAUUUGGACAAUUUGGAAUUCGUGUUAAUACAGUGUUGCCAGGUUUUAUAGAAACCCCUAUGACAAAAACUGUACCUGAUAAAAUAAAGCAGUUAUUUUUAAAAAAAAUACCUCUUCAGAGAAAGGGAAAACCAGAAGAAGUGGCAGAAGUAAUUGCAUUUUUAACAUCUUCCAAAAGUUCCUAUGUUAAUGGUGCUUCUAUUGAAGUUACAGGAGGGAUGCAUUAAAUUUAUAUAAACUUCUCUAAAUAUACACAUUGUUGUAAUUUUUAUAAUGCAAAUUUUACAAACGUUAAAAUACAUAUUUUCAAUUAGUA